AUGGUUGUCUGUGAUGUGACCCUCAAGGAACCACCCCAGAAGGUGCCAGCAGUCCCAGGGCAAAAUCUCAAAUGCUCUUUCUCCCUCUUCUUCAAGGUGAGAGUGUGGCGUUACCUGAAAGGCAAAGACAUCGUCACCCACGAGAUCCUCCUGGAUGGUGGGAACAAAGUGGUCAUCGGCGGCUUCGGGGACCCCUUAAUCUGUGACAACCAAGUGUCAACCGGGGACACACGGAUUUUCUUUGUCAACCCUGCCCCGCAGUACAUGUGGCCUGCCCACCGCAACGAGCUGAUGCUCAACUCCAGCCUGAUGCGGAUCACACUGCGCAACCUGGAGGAGGUGGAGCACUGCGUGGAAGGUGAGGCUCUGCUGCAACCCUCAAACGAUGGGCCACGGUGCUGCUGGAGGCCACGUGGAUUGGCUGUUCUUGUUGAAUCAUAGAAUCGCUGGGUUGGAAGGGACCCUUAAAGGUCAUUGGGUCCAACUCGUUGCCUUUGGGGUGGUGUGUGGUGUUGGCCUUGUUGCCAGAAGUGGUGCAGCCAAGCAAGGUUGAUUCACGUUGGUUUUGCUCCAGAUUGAAUGUAGGUUCUUGGUGCCCUUUGCAAAGGGAUGUGAGGAGCCAGCUGAGUUCUCCUGGGGCUGAAGCAAGGUCUCCUUGCUGCUCCAUCGUGAAGCCAAGCUGAGCAAUCAGGGGCAUGAGUUGUGCUUUGGUAUUGUUGCGGUGUGGAAUAAGGCUUCCACGGAGAGGGCAUGCCCAACAACAUGAAAGCACUUCUGCAACAUCUCAUCUACUGGCUUCUCCCUUCCUCUCCUUGUGCUCGUCCUGUUCCAGCAAUGAGCUCCGGGCUUGGGGGGAACACAGUGCCCCAAAAGCCCUUCGGGGUCCGAGCACGUCCUGCGAGCAGAUGAGUAAACAAGGGAAGGAAUGCAGGAAUUCUGCACGGACAACAAAUAAACACAGGCGGUCUCCCUCCUCCUCUCGGGAUGUGCAGAGCAGAGGCCAUAACCCCUUCCUCCAGCUGUGAAUGCACACAGAGGUGAACGACCGAGCUGGGGCUGGGAAGGAGCUGUUUCAGCAGAGGGGCUCCAAGAGGCGCUGGCUCAAGUGGCUUUCGCAAGAGGUUGAUAUGCUGGAGGCUUUCUAGCUAGGGAUGUGUUUAGUAUUGCACUUGAAAGGCAUCAGCUCUAGUGCAGGGGUUGGGAGGGGAAAGAAGAGCGUGUG